UGUCAUGGAUGUGUUAGAAGGUUCUGGAUCUGGUUGGUGUGUGAACUGUGGAAAUGGAUCCGAUUGGGAAGACUGGGGAGAUCAGUCGCUCUUCAGCGACACAGAGCUUGUGAUCGUGACGAUGCUGUGCGUUCCACUUCUGCUGCUCGGCCUGCUGGGAAACGCGCUGACCAUUCUGGUCGUCUGGCUCCGCCCACAAAUGAGAAGCACCACCUACCUGUACCUGAGCAGCAUGGCUGUCUCUGACGUGCUCAUUUUACUGUUGAUGCCUCUGGAUCUGUACAAGCUGUGGCGGUAUCGUCCGUGGUUGCUAGGAGACGCCGUGUGCAAACUGUCAGUGUUUGUCGGUGAAUGCUGCACCUUCUCAUCCAUCCUGCACAUGACGGCUCUGGGGGCGGAGCGAUACCUGGCCGUCUGCUUCCCUCUCCGCGCACGCCUGCUCGUCACCAGGGGGCGUGUCCGCGUGCUGAUCGCCGGCCUGUGGGGCGUGGCCAUGCUUAGCGCAGGACCUGUAUUGGCUUUGGUGGGGGUGGAGCGUUUCGAGGGCGGAGCCAGCGAAUGCCGCUGCACACAGUACGCCCAGACGUCCGGCCUUCUGAAAGCCAUGCUGUGGCUCUCCAACCUCUACUUCGUUUGUCCUCUCACGGUUCUGUCCCUCCUGUACGGCCUGAUCGCUCGCCGCCUGCAUCUGCGCGCUCACACGCACCGCGACAAAACGCACCGCCAGACUCUGCGCAUGAUGGUGGUAAUCGUGCUGGUGUUCGUCUUGUGUUGGCUGCCGUUUCACGUGAGUCGGACGUUGUUUUCGGUGUCAGACUCCAGUGAGGAGUUGUAUUACAUCAGUCAGUAUUUUAAUCUGGUGUCUUUGGUGUUGUUUUACGUGAGCGCCGCUGUCAAUCCGUUGCUGUAUAACAUCAUGUCUGCGCGUUACCGUGCCAGUGUCCUCGCCGUGCUGCGGUUGACGGUGGGCUCCACGGACGAGCUGCGCCACAGGGCCCGCACCUCCCCGCUCACGGCCUCUCACUCCAGCACACACUUCUGAGAACUGACACCCUGCUGAAACACAACUGAUGAUGAAACACAAGAGCAGCAUUGCCGACCAGGUCUCAGGUCAGCUGUACAGGCAGUGAGAGUUGUUUCUAACAGUGUAGAAAUGAAGUACACAGGCUGCUUGCAUACUUGUGUGGUGUGGAGUAUGCUUCUGUUCCUUAAAUCUGCUGAUGUUCCAUCUGUGUCCUGCAGACAAACACAUGCAGCGCUACAAAGCCCUUCACCAUCACUAUAUAUAUUUCUUUCUUUCAUGUUUCUAUGUGUGUGUGUUUAACUUGUACUUGUAUCGUAGUUUCAUGGAUGUUGAAUAAAAGCUCGUCUGUGUGAGGAUUCUGGUGUCUAGAGAUGAUCAGAGCCGUAGCGCUCGUGUGAAGUACAUCUGCAUCUACAUGUCUGUUCGUCUAUCAACAGAAUUGAUACUGCGUCCCUGAUUUGCCCACUUACACUCUACCCUUAAAGUAUGUACUGUUUUGUUAUGAGACGGAACAUAUAUCCGAGUAUGAGUAAGUACUGGAAAAUAUGAACAGAAAAUCUUAGACAGAUAGUAUGCAAACUGGGGCACAGUUUAGACUUCAUCACCUCUUGCUGCCAUAAAAAACAACCUGAACUGUGAUUGUAUUUAGCAAUCCACCUAACAGCAAAGCAAAAAUGGUUUUAAACCAAUCUGGAUGUUACAGUUAAAGCGGUACUUCAGGCUUGCAUCUAAAUGUCCUCAUGUUUUACUCCCCCUCAAGGCAUCCUAACUGAAUAUGGUUUUCUUCUUCUUGAAGAAUAAUGCAGUCGGAGUUAUAAUACCAUGGAUCAUUUUACUUCCAAGCGGUAGAAUGGAAGUGAACAUGUGUUGACUUUUUGACGCUCCAAAACGUGCAUCCAUUGAUCAAAGAACUGCUCGACACGGCUCUGUGGUCUUCGCAAAGGUCUUCUGAAGCUAAUCCAUGCAUUCUUUUAAAGAGAAAUAUCCACUAUUGACAGCGCUAUUAACAAUAAUGUCUAACAUCCGCUGCAGGCGAACGAGAGGCUUGUUUUUCCGCUAAAGGAUGGUGACGAAAGAGGUGUUUCUAUUGGCUGAAAACGAAAAAGGAUGUGUUCGUCACAUGAACUUAUGACACGCCGGAAAAACAAACAAUAUUCCAUGAAAAAUAGGAAUUGUUUUUAAUUUCACCAGGACUUUAAAUCCUUUAAGAUAAUGUUUCACAAAUGUAUAAACUGCAGUACUGUGAAAGAAGACAUCUUUACUGUUGAGCCUCUAUUACUAAAGGCACGAAAAUUAUUUAAUUCGGAAAAUGUUUCGCUUUUAUUUUAAAUGCAAUAUUCAAAUCUAAAAUGAUUUUUUCUUGGUAAUCCAUAGAUGGAAGGUCAUGCAAAUGAUUGUUUUUCUGCUGUGAUUAAAUGCUCUCUGUAAUGUUCAUGUAAGAUGUGCAGUACCUGAAGAGAAAAUAAAGAUGGUUUUAUAUUCAAAACCCUAUUUAUGUCGAUCAUUUGUCUCAGGUGGAAACUUUAACGUCACCGCGCAUGCGCACUGUGAGUCUCAUCAGUUUACCGCUUUUUAGUGCAUCAGUUACUCGACUUUUAGAAGACUUUGAAAACUGAAGUUACCUGACACACAGUAAUGAGGAAGUUCAUUUUAUUUAUGUGAAACAGUUAAACGCUUUUAUCUGUAAGGUCUCCAGACGAUCGUGUGGUGAGCGGAUCUGUCGGGUUUCGGUGUUCGGCUGCGCUUGUAGAUGCUCUGCGGUUUUUAAAAAUUGCGUGAUCUCACGUACACAGGUAAGGUAAGUGCAGUAUUAUUUUAUUUCAUAUACAGUAUAUAAAAAAUAUAAAUAAAUGAUAUACGUUUAUUUUCCUGUUUCACCAUGGUCUUUAAUCUACGGAGCCCGUCUGGUCACCCCUCGGAGAAAAAAAAGACCCGCAAAUCCGUGGCCACAGUUUUGUAAUUCGUUCCCACAGUUUACAAAACCGUGCUCUCGGGUUAAUAAACUGUACCCACGAGUUUA